UUCACGUGCUGCUUCUCAGUGUUUGUCCACCUGAGUAAAUGAAUCCCGAGCUGGAUGAAAGUGAGAACCAGUCGCAUCAGACGGCGAAACAGGUCACAGCGGACCGGAGUAUAUAAUGAGUACACCUGUGACCAUCCUGUCUGGGGGUACACUAGUUCGUCCACCAUGCCUGCUCCAACGGGAUUGCACGCAGCUCUGGGGAUCUUGGCCAUCCUGGUGUCUGUGGACGCAAUUCCCAUGGAAGGCGCAAAAUCACGAUUAAAGAGAGACACGGACGUUAUUCACAUUAGUGAAAAGGAGGGAAGGUUUGUCAGUCCCGGGUACCCGACUGGCUACCCAAGUGAGGCUGAUCUGCAGUAUGUUUUCGAUACUACUCUCAAGAUACCUUACCGCAUCACACUGAACUACAGCAUCGACAUUGAGUUUGUAGCGGGCUGCGCCUUCGACCAGCUGGUGUUCAGAUACCAACCCGCCAACCAACCUGUCAAUCUUACAACUUUAUGUGGAGAAAAAUCUGGGACUUACACCGUCGUGAUUCAAGAUGGCGACACUUUUUCCGCUUAUUUCAAGUCGGACGCCUCGGUACAGAAGAAGGGCUUUGCAAUCAGCUUCAAGAUGGAAGAAGUUCCGUUGCCCAGUGCCUACUCAAACCUACCUAACGGCAGAUCGCUAACCGGUGGUGGGGCUGUCAUCGGCGUCGGCGGCGCUCCAGUUUACACAAAUGAGGUGACAGGUAACAAGGGAAUCUUCCUAAGUCCAAACUACCCCCAGAACUACCCGGAACUGGUAAACUACACCUACAUUGCUCACUUGGAGGGAUACGGCCCUUACGUAGUGCAUGUGGAAUACAAAAUCGACUUAGAGUACUUCAAGCCCUGUCUCUUUGACUUUGUCACGCUUGGAGACCAAAGGUAUUGUGGUGUAACAAGUGGAAGUAUCGACAUCCCUGUACAAGGUAACGAGUUCCGGGUAUUUUUCUAUAGUGACAAUGCUAUCACAAAGAGUGGUUUCAACAUCUCAUACACAGCAACCCCGAAUUCAGUACUACUCAGAUCGCGCAUGUUGAGUACCAACCUUGGAGGAGGGUCUACAGUGAACUCCAUUGGGGACGGCAAAGGAUCAUGUAGCCAGCCAUUGCAGUCUGUGCAUGGAAAUUUCGGACAGAUCAGCAGCCCCAACUAUCCAGACAACUACACCAACAGCUGCGACCUGGCCUACUUCGUCGUUCUAGACCAGCCUGGCCCGCAGUCUGUGAUGGUGUUUGUGGACAUGGAUUUAGAAGACAGCACACGAUGUUCUAAGGAUUAUCUGGUUAUCAACGAGGUGGCCCAGUACCUCUGUGGGCAGAAGGGGAAAAUAAGUCUGCGGGUAAACCUGGUGGACACAUCUUUUGUGAUCAAAUUUCAUAGUGACAAGGAAGGAACCAGACGAGGCUUCUUCAUUACCUAUUUCCUUCUGCUUGCAUCACCCACGUCAUCGACAUCGCUGCCGUUGCCUCAACCGCGCAGUCCCACCGCGCGGAGCGUAGUAUCCUUGCGAGGAGACAGCGGUCAGCUGCAGAGUCCCUCCUACCCGGCCAACUACCCCAACAACGCUUUCGUGGUGUACGAUGUGGCUCUUCGCCAGCGAGGCAACUUUACGGUCCUCCUGACCUAUGACCUCGACGUGGAGGAGAGCGACGACUGUACCUACGACUACAUCCUGGUCAUCGCCGACCAAAGGCAUCGGCUGUGUGGCAAGCGGAGCGGGGUACUGGCAGUGCAAACCAACUACAACUUCUCCGUUAUUUUCGUGAGCGACUACUCUGUGACACAGAAGGCUUCAACAUCACGUACCGUGUGCUCAGAGACCAGACGGUUGUUGUGGGUGACUGGGGUCAGCUUCAAAGCCCGCAGUAUCCAAGUCAGUAUCCGACCAGCCUGGACAUCACAUACUACAUCAAACUCAGCCGGCCAGGCCCUCAGACGGUGCUGCUGUCUUAUGAUAUGGACAUUGAGUCUUCCGUUGAGUGCAGCUAUGAUUAUCUCAUCGUCAACAAUAACGCAGUCAAACGACUAUGUUCUGUUGUAAAUGGCAUCAUACCAGUGCAAGUGGAAAAUAAUCUCUUGGUGGUGGUGUUCCACAGUGACUACUCUGUAACAGGACGAGGGUUUAACCUCGUGUACAGUGUAGUUCAAGCUGAUCAGCCAGGUGCCACAGGAGAUCAAAACUUAGUGCCGUUCACAA